CCCAAAUGUCCUAUUUCAACUUGCCUUCUCUAAAGCCUAAACCUUGUAUAAAUUUCUCAGAUAAACUCCUAUAAAAGGCUCUUCCUUUAAGCCCGUCUCUCUCUCUCUCUCGAAUUGAAAGCGCCACCGUUACAGAUUCACUCCCGGCGGGUUUCCCAACACCGCUUGCCGGCCCUCAACGGAAAGCCCACAACUUGUUCAUUGUGUUCUCUCGCCCCUUUUCACUUGAGUACUAUUUCAUUCAGCUCCGUUAAUCUGAGGCGCAGUGAUGGAGUUUUGGCUCUUCUAGCAGAAAAAAAAAGAUGCUUUCUUUGAGGGGCUUUUGGAGGAGGCAUAGGAGGAAGGUGCUUGUUACAACUGGUGUGUUAGGAGGUGGAUAUCUACUGUAUAAACUAUAUAAUGCUCACAGACAGAGGCUUACUGACCUGGAGGCCGAACUCGCCCGCGAACAAGAGAGCAGUGAGGAGCUCCUUAAGGCUAAAAUGCAAGCUCAUUUUGAGAACAUUCAAAGCAUUGCUGAUACAACAACGCUGCCUCACGUGAUGCACUAUUUGAGUAGUCGGAUAGCAGAAGAGUUAGAUACUACUUAUAUCACCGAAAGGUUAAUGCAAAUGAAGGGGAAGUCUCCAGAGAAACUUGAAUUGUGGGAUAGAUUAAAAGUUCUAAGCUUCACAAGAAUGGUGUUGUCGUUGUGGUCGAUGACGAUGCUUAGCUUAUAUAUUAGAGUUCAAGUCAAUAUAUUAGGGAGACAUUUAUACAUUGAUACUGCACGUGGUUUUGGAAGCUCUCUUAUAGUUGAGGAUGCUGAACUCAUUGAUAGGGAUGACCAGCAGAAGUUUCUAGCAAGUUCUGAUUAUCUCUCCAGUUAUGGCAUGCCUGCUUUAAUUUCGAAUAUCCAGGCAGCAGCAGCAGAAGUUCUUAAUGGAAAGCAGCUAACUGAACGGUUCAAUACCACGGUUCUCCAUGAUACUAUUAUGCAAAUGCUUGACAAGUUCAUGAGCACAGGAAGUCCCCAUCACUGGGUGAACUACUUGAUGCCAGAGGAUGCUCGUUGGGUUGAACUAGCAACUGCCUUCAGCAGUGAUAGCACAGUUCUUCCGGAUGUCACCAAAUUUGAACAACUUAUGCUGGAGACGCGGUCAGUAAUAUCAAGUGGUGAAUUUGGUAGUAUUGCUCAGAUGGCACUGAGAGCAGUGGUGGAUACAGUGGUAGUGGAUAUGGGCACCCAAUCUGGAGGUGAUCUAGCGUCCGGAACGCCCCUUGCCAAAGUUUUGGCAAGAGUUGCACAGAUGGGUCCCACACUCCUUGGAGAAUCAAGCAAAUUCGUACAGAUCAUUCUAAAUGUACCAGAAGUUGAGCUCUUUUUUACUCUCAUCUAUUCACAUAUGCAAAUCUCAUAGGCUAGAGACAGACCCUAGUUCCUUUUUGAAGUGAUUGUUCAUUUCCUUGCAAUUGAGGCAGCAAUGGAAAACAUGCUCAUCGCAUUUGGGUUUCAAGUGCUCAAAAGUCAGAAAUUUGAAAGGCCAUAACAGAUAAAGAUGAGGAUUACUGCAGUGUGAUUUACCUUUGUACUACUACCUCAUCUAUAAUCGUUUGUUGUACUGUACCAUCUAAUAUUUAGAUAUAUGCCGAUAUGGUGUGUGUGGCACCAAGAUAUAAAGUUGCAUCCUCCGCUUGCCUGUUAAA